CGGGAGGAGUCGCCCCCCAGGUCGCCGGAUGGAAGCGCGCGUCCGGGAGGCGGUGUAACUGGAGCCGCGGGAGGCAGCGGUCCGGAGAGCGCGGCGGGCCACCCUCGGCUCAGCCCGUGGAUGUUGACCGCCCCCUCGGAGAGUCCCCGCAGACAUGGCGGAGAGCUGGCUGCGCCUCUCUGGGGCAGUGGUGGCGGAGGAGGCCGGGCCCGAGGGCGGCCUGGAGGAGCCCGACGCCCUGGAUGACAGCCUGACCAGCCUGCAAUGGCUGCAGGAAUUCUCCAUUCUCAAUGCCAAGGCCCCCGCCCUGCCCCCCGGGGGCACCGACCCCCACGGCUACCACCAGGUGCCAGGCUCCACUGCGCCGGGGUCGCCCUUGGCGGCGGACCCCGCCUGCCUGGGGCAGCCGCACACUCCCGGCAAGCCCACCUCGUCCUGCACUUCCCGGAGCGCGCCCCCGGGGCUGCAGGCCCCGCCCCCCGACGACGUGGACUAUGCCACCAACCCGCACGUGAAGCCGCCCUACAGCUACGCCACGCUCAUCUGCAUGGCCAUGCAGGCCAGCAAGGCCACCAAGAUCACCCUGUCGGCCAUCUACAAGUGGAUCACCGACAACUUCUGCUACUUCCGCCACGCAGACCCCACCUGGCAGAACUCCAUCCGCCACAACCUGUCCCUGAACAAGUGCUUCAUCAAAGUCCCUCGGGAGAAGGACGAGCCCGGCAAGGGGGGCUUCUGGCGAAUUGACCCCCAGUACGCAGAGCGGCUGCUGAGCGGAGCCUUCAAGAAGCGGCGGCUGCCGCCGGUGCACAUCCACCCGGCCUUCGCCCGCCAGGCCGCGCAGGAGCCGGGCGCUGCGCCCUGGGCCAGGCCGCUGACCGUGAACACCGAGGCCCAGCAGCUGCUGCGGGAGUUUGAGGAGGCCACCGGGGAGGGGGCCUGGGGCGUGGGCGAGGGCCGGCUGGGGCACAAGCGCAAACAGCCGCUGCCCAAGCGGGUGGCCAAGGUCCCUCGGCCCCCCAGCACCCUGCUGCUGACCCAGGAGGAGCAGGGCGAGCUGGAGCCCCUGAAAGGCAACUUUGACUGGGAGGCCAUCUUCGACACGGGGGCGCUGGGCGGGGAGCUGGGCGCUCUGGAGGCCCUCGAGCUGAGCCCGCCGCUGAGUCCCGCCUCGCACGGGGACGUGGACCUCACUGUCCACGGCCGGCACAUCGGCUGCCCCGCGACCUGGGGGCCUCCGGCGGAGCAGGCUGCCGACAGCCUGGACUUCGAUGAGACCUUCCUGGCCACGUCCUUCCUGCAGCACCCCUGGGACGAGAGUGGCAAUGGCUGUCUGCCCCCAGAGCCCCUCUUUGAGGCCGGGGACGCCAGCCUGGCCGCCGACCUGCAAGACUGGGCCAGCGUGGGCGCCUUCUUGUAAGAGGCCAGGCCCCGCCCCACCUCCGGACAGUGCCCAAGUCAGGGCCCAGACUGCCCCCCAACACCGGCCCACGGAUACCCUAGCACCCAGGCAGGGGCUGGGCCAGGCUCCUGAGAGGCUGGCCCCGCAUGGCCACACUGCCCCCAGCCCGGCAUCCUCAGAUUCGAGCCCAGGAGGCUGAGAACUGGGGGCACAGGACUAGAAUUGCUGCCUCCCCUCCCCAGCCCCCCAUAACACAGUGUUUCAUUGGUUCUGGCUCCCGCACCCUGCAGCCGGCUAAAGCCCCUGUGCUGGCGAGUGCCUGCCUGGGGGCACCGGCUGGCAGCAACAGCACAGGCCGGCCCAGAGCACCCAGCUCCCUCCUCUCCUACUUCCCUCCCCAGGUCUCUAUCCAGAGAAAGUUCCCAGGUACAACAAAUGCUAAUUAGGUGACAGCAAAUUAAACCCCGGAGGCCUUUCCCUGCAAAGCCUCCCUGGGCUGGGGCUGCGGAGGGGCGGAGCUGGGGCUCCGGCCGGGAGGGGGCUGGGGGAAGCUGGGUGCUGGCCCCGGAUUUUCUGUAAGGCCUCUGGGGUCUUCUGGCUCCAUCCCUAGAGGUGGGGCUGUGGAUUAAAUCCCUAAUCUUUGAGCCUGACGGGCUGAGCAGCGGGGAGUGGGGUUGGGGGCUGGGGUCGGGCACAGACAGACUAAUGUAGUGAGUAGCUGUAGCUGAGGCUUAACGGGAGGGGCGCAGGCCGCAGGGGCCGGGAAGGGGGUCACCCCGCCCCUGCCUGCACCUUCGGAGGGCAGUGGCUCACCCCCUCCAGCCCCCCCACCGGCUUCUUCCCCCCUUCCGCCCUCCUGCCCCAUGGGGCACUUUAACC